GUCCGAGAGGUAACAGGUGUGAAACAGCGUCGCAUAAGUUUACUUAAACUACGAUCUUUACCACUCAAGCAAACUGUUAUAUAACACCCGUGUGUUAUACUGUGAACAACCUUAUUCGUCAGCACUGGUUUUCAUUUAACAGCUGAAAAGGGAUAAUCAACGAGCUCGAAAAGAAUGGAGAAAGAGCCUUUCGUUGUCGUGACGGAGAAUCUAGCUGCUCUCGCCCAACGGAUCAAGGACGAUCUCCCCUUCUCAGCUUCCGUCCAUAACAGCAUACUCAUACACGCGCGAGGUCAUGCUGAGAAUAACUCUUUCUACACACUGUCAAAGCACCCAAACGCUCACGUGGUGUUGCGGCUAGACCAGGCCAGAAAAAAUAUUGCGCUGCAUUGCCGAACGACUGAGCUCGACCUUCUGGCGGAGGCGCUGAAGAAGACGCAGCUGCUAGACUGGCGGUCAGUGCUGAUAUUUUUCCACGUGCCCGACUACAUACAGGAGACACUGCAGGAGUUGUCAAAAACUCGGUCGGGGAAAGAACUCAGGAAACAGGAGGCCAUCGCCUUUACAUACCAUCGGGUCACGCCGGAGGAACCUUUGAAGUGCAAGGCAGGCUGGCGGGUCUGCCGUCUGGGGCGAGAGGGCGUGCGCCACAUGCUGGAAACGAGCAAAUACCAAUCGAACUCCCCCGUCGAGCCCAUGCUGAACUUUCUCCGGUCUUCUCCUUCGGCCGGCGUAUACAAGGACCCCGACGUCCAGGCAGACACGGCCAUCGACGUGGCCAGUCUGCCCUUCGGCGACGACCAGGAGAGGCCCAUAGCAUGGAUCACGACCUCGGCAUACGGCAACCUGGGCGACCUGAUGACGGCGGAGGAGCACCGUGGACGGGGCCUGGGCAGCCUCGUGACCCAGGUGGCGGCGAGGAUGAUGGACACCCAGGGUUACGUCCCCGUCGUCUACGUUGAUCCAGACAACGUUCCGUCGCUGGGAAUGUUCUCGAAGUUGGCCGGGUGGAAGGAGGGUCACUGCGCCGCCUGGAUGCUGCACUUCCCGGGCAGGUUGGGUGAGAGGCCGCAGUGACAGAGCUCUGGUGCUUAAGGCCAGUAG